AUGGACCGAUUCAGCAACGCCCCAGCAUUCGUACAGCCUAGAACUCCGUCUCCACCGGUCGGAAAAUCUCUGAAAGAACUAACGGCAAAGGACUUGGUGACGUCAGAAGAGAGGGAGAGCAAUAUUCCGACCAUCAACAAUUGCCAGUUCGUUGGCUCGUACAACUGGCUCGGUGGCAUCGAAAAUCCGGUAGCCCUUAUUCCAGGAGCACCACCCGCAUGGACGCCUCUCGAGAACCCUAAACAGCUGGAAGAGGAUUCGGGCGUGUACUAUCGCGAUGUGAAUGCCGCAAGAUGCCCUGAGCAUCCAAUGGAACUUGCGGUACGCACUUUCGCCGCACGAACCACCAAGCCAUCCACCCAAGAUGUGGAUAUCUUCGCCUGUGGUAGCACUCUCGGAAACCUCCUUCGUUUCGUCCGCAAGGUCGACAAGCCAUUCCGGUUCACGGUCGAGGCAGUCGGAAACACGGUCUUCUUCGUCAGGAAGGAGAACUCGCCCACCGAGACAAUGGAAGGAGUCCGAGGCUAUGGGCAUACUUUCCCGGACGCUUACACCACAUGGGGGGAUGGGACUGCAGGGUCGCAAUCGCACCAGCGCCUCAUCAAUUACGAUUUCGCGGGCCUGAAUUGCGUUGUGCGGUUCGAGGGGGACGGAUACCUCAAACACCUCGACUCCGAUCCCAAGAGCGAAGGUGACUCUCCCGACGUGGUGCCGUCGACAACGAAGGUAGACAUCCGGCAGGGUGGACGUCUGGUGAGCCAAGAUGCCAUCUUCGACUUGAAGACCCGGUCAGUCAAAAGAAUGGACCACGACAUCCUGGCUGAAGAGAUUCCUCGGCUUUGGGUGGCACAGAUACCCAAUUUUGUACUUGCCUUCCACACUCGCGGCACAUUCGAAGACAUUCGCGUCCAGAACGUCCGCAGGGACAUUGAGAAAUGGGAAAAUGAGAAUGAGGAUACUCUCCGUCAGCUCGCGAAGCUGAUUAGGGAGAUUGCAGCCGUGGCGAAGAGCAGGACAGAUGGCCGGUUAGAGAUACGGCGGAAAGCUGUGGAUGUCCUGGAAAUUCGCGAGCAAUUGCCGCACACUCCAGGAGUGCUUCCAGAUGACUUGAAGACAUGGUGGAUUGAGGGAUCUUGCAGCGACCAUCGAAGCAGUUCUGAGGAUGAGUUGAAUGAUAGCGGUGAAGAGCGAUAUUUCUCUGCGGGCUCGGACAGUGGUUACGGCGGUGUGUCGUUCGACAGCGAUGACGAGUCGGAGAAAGACUUCACGGCGUGCUCGGCGGAUGACUGUGGGUACUGCGGACACUGUCGCUACUGA